UUUAGGAUCGAGGCUAUCGAUAGGUGCAUGGAUAAAUCCUCUCGUCGAUUAGUUGACUUUACACCGCCAUGGAAGAAGGUGGCACUGAUAGUAACUCCACUGACACGAUAACCAUGUCGGAAGCGGUUACCGUCACCAGUCCACAGAGCACCACUGUGGUGAUCGGAAUGGCUGCAGUACUCAUAACAGUCGCUGUCGCCUGGUGGCACCAGAGGGUGACGGGAAGGAACAGGGUACCCACCAAGUGGCGACGCGUUGGUGAGAUCAGUGAGAUGACUAUCUACCCACUCAAGUCUGGCCGUGGAGUCGAGUUAAAGGAGGCAUUUUGUACUGACCUUGGUUUGCGGACGGUUAUCGACCAGACCACGGAGCUCCUGGACAGAACUUUUCUAGUGUUUGGUUCCGAUGAUCGGACAUACAUGACUGCAGCAAGAUUUCCUAAGAUGCUACUCAUCACUAUCACCCCAGAAAGUGAUGGAAUUGUUACCUUUCGUGCCCCAGAUAUGCCGGAACUCCAGUAUAAGAUUCCGGAUAGCAGCGAGGGCUUGACAACAUCUACUUGCAUUGUUUGGUGGAGUGAAGUGGUGAAAACUCUUGACUGUGGAGAGGAGGCAGCAACCUGGUUUUCAAGGUUUAUCCUGGGAAAAGACAAGGGGGCGAGACUCGGGUACUACCCCCAAGAGAAUCCUGAGUUCAGGCGAGACAUCUCUAAGGUGAAACUGACUGCAUUCCAGCAGCACUACAAGAAGUUGAACGAUGAUGAUGUGGGAGCAUACACAUAUUUAUCUGGAUUCAUGCUAUUGAGCGAGUCCACCAUGGAUGACCUCCGGUCCAGACUGCCUGAACGCCUGAGAGAUUUAAGCCACAGGCGUUUCCGAGGCAACUUUAUUGCCCGGAACACAAUUCCCUACGAGGAGGACAAAUGGGACUGGGUCAGGGUGGGUGAGCAAGCCAUCUUCAGGACGGUGAAACCCUGCACAAGGUGCACCAUCGUAAAUGUAGAUCCUGAGACGGCAGUGAGGGACCCCGAGAUGGAGCCGCUACGCACCUUGAGAUCUUAUCGUCUGGUAACUACACCUGGAGCAAAAGAUGUGGAAGGAGUGGACCCUAUAAUGGGAGUGUACCUUGGUCUUCGGAUUCCUGGAGUAGUAAAAGAAGGAGACCCGAUUUAUGUCGGUUACGAUCAAUAGGUUAGGUAUGCGUGCGAGUCGGUUUUAUGACAGACGUGGAUAAAGAGUGAAACUGUAUGCUUCACAUAAGUGGGACACAAUUUUUGAGCUGUCACAUUAUUUAUUUAUUUCUAUUAAUAUAUUAGUGAAGGCAAUGAGAGAAUCACAGGAUGUGUGUGUAGAAAAAAAUUAAUAAUCGUAUGUGUAAUGGAUACCGAGGAAAUAUAAGCUAUCUAUUAUAUAAGUUUACACAUAGUCUAUUUGGGGUCUGGUGUCUUGCUGAAUGAUAAUGAAUUAUCUCUCCAUUUGAUAAACUAAAAUCAUUUAAGGAAAUACCGAGACUAUGGGAUCGUGUGUAGACCGUUUCACAGCUUACAUGAAGAUUCAAAAUGUGUUAAUAGGAGAUAACUAGAAUAAUAGUUGCCUGUGGUUAUAUAUAAAAUAUUAAAACUGAAAAAAUUGCGACGUAUACAGAAUUGUACUACCUAUUAAAUAAACACAUCGUACAGACACUUAUUUUACAGUUCUAGUUUGCAUAUUUAGCCAGCGUGAUAUAAGUUUCUGGUAUGUAACUGCACGGAAAAAUAAAAUGUGACGGCUGAUGGCGUAUCUUCCUUACAUUACCAUUACAUCUUCAUUGUUAUUCAAGAAACUGUGUUAACUGCUGCUCAUAAACUGUCUUCAUGAAAACAUUUUUGUG